CUUAGGGUGCCGUGAGCCGUCCCAUAUGGCAGAGAUUUAGAGUUUUAGACACAGAAUGACAGAAAGCUGGUGCAUCGUCUCGGUCUGUAUACGUACUCUGUUAUCCGUCGAAAAUGUUUGUGGCUACGUAGUUUCAACCUGCACAUGAAGGUGCCAGUAGGCAGAUUCUAUACGCCCAGGGUUGUUUACUCUGUCUAAGCGUCUAAAACGUCUUUCAGAAACGAUCGUCGAAUGUGUCAUCACGAUGUUGCGAUCGUGGGAAUCAGCGGACAGAAGCAUCAAAAAGAAUGUACUGAAGCCGGGUAUAUUUAUCAACAAGAAGCCAACGGAAUGCUCCACGUGCACGGUUAUUGUGGAGAAGAUAAACGUUACUGGAACAAUUGAAUCGGAUUUGAGAGAGAAAUAUUAUACGACUAUUCUCGAUGGCGAGCCCGAGAAAACGGUGGUUAUAGGAGAAGCCGCCUCAGAAAUUGACGAAAAAAUCGAGAGAGUGAUUUGCAUAAUGAAUCUCGAUGAGAGGAGUCUCGUUACCAUCACCAUGCCUUUAAAACAGUCGGACGGGUCUACAGUUAGUAACGAAUCAAUAGCAGUCGAGUUUCAGAUCACUCUGACUCUCUGUAAUCGUCAUAAGUCAGUUUGGGAAUGGAGCGCGGCGGAGAAGUACGAGGUGGCCCUGAGAUACAAAGGGAGAGGUACCGAAUUGUUCAAGGAGUCCCGAAUCACAGAUGCGUUCCGCAAGUUCAGCCGAGCUUGCAAGCUUCUCAUAACACUGGAGCCGAUAGCGGAUUUAGAAUUGGACAAACAGCUGGAGUACAAUAUUAACGAUUUAAGACUCGCAUUGUAUAAUAACAUGGCCAUAUGUCAGCUGAAGCGAAUGAACUAUCAACACGUUAUCGCGCUGUGCACCAAAGUAUUGGACAAGGAUGCGAAUAACGUUAAGGCCUUGUACAGAAGAGGAGUGGCGUACGGCAGUAUGGGGGACAACGAAAAAGCUAUAACAGAUCUGAAGGCGGUGCUUACCUUAGAAUCCAGCAAUCACUCGGCGAAGGAGCUGUUUGACGUCUACAACACCAGAUUGCAGGAAUCAAUUCAGAGAAAUAAAGAUAUGAUGAGAAGAAUGUUUAAGACUUACUAGUUUUUUUUAAAUCGCUUUGUAAUUGUACAUACAUUCAGUUCUUUAAGAAAUAAAGUAUAUUUAUUUUAUA